CGGUGAAUAUUUCGAUUCGAAUACGAUUUGUGAUUGCAAUUGUGAUGUGCAAGUAGAUGUCGUUCGAACGUUCCUCCAAGAAUUGCAAGCUAUGCGAAAGCGCGAGGACGACAUCUUGAGAGAAAUAUCGCUUGUUCAAACAAAACUGCAAUCGAUCGAAAAACACAAAGGUGGUGGACAUUCAGAGCCUUCAAACUGCGUGGAAGCCGCAGCUCGCAGCUUUAAAAGUGGCAUAUACAAAAUAAAAUUGAACAAGUUUAGUGCCACGCCGUUCGACGUGUUUUGCAAUGAGGAGACGGACUAUGGCGGUUGGUUAGUCAUUCAAAGGCGCGUCAGUGAUUCCGUAGAUUUCUAUAGGGAUUGGCGGGCGUAUAAGGAGGGAUUUGGGGAGCUGGCUGGAAACUACUGGAUUGGAUUGGAAAAGCUGCAUGCGCUCACCAGCAGUUGUCAGCAGGAACUGUAUAUUGAAUUACAAAGGUUUAAUGGUGGCAGUUAUUAUGCGCGCUACACGGAAUUUUUAGUCGGCAGUGAAUCGGAAGGCUAUCCUAUACAGGAACUGCUGGCGAUAGCUUGAAAAUGCACGAGGGUCUAAGGUUCACCACACGCGAUCACGAUAAUGACAAUGCCCCCAAAAGUAAUUGUGCUGUAGAUUACAAAGGUGCUUGGUGGUUCAACAGGUGCUUCGCAAGUCUACUGAAUGGCGAAUAUGGAAAGCGGAAUCUAGGCGUGGUUUGGAAUAGCUUAAGUAAUAGUGAAACAUUAAAGUCGGCGCUAAUGAUGAUACGCCCUACAGAGAAAUGUUUAAGGCGUCGCUCUCUAAAGAAGUCAUAAAUUGACCUUGGUACAUAUUAAUUCGGAAUACUUUGAAUAAAGAAGGGUUUGUAUCAGUAAAAAUUAAUGAUGAAAGCAAUUGUUCAUUUAAAGUUACGCUACACUUUAGGCGCAUUUGCUUUGAUAUUUAUUUGCUGAUUGAAAUAUUGAAUUGCAUACUCUAUGCUAUCACUGAGACAUUUAACGAACGCUUUUAUCGUACACACUCACACACACUUACGGAGCCACGUAAGAGAAGUCCACAAAUGAAUCUUCUCCUCUCUUCUGCUCUCUCUUGCAAAUUUUACUUGUCAUCGAAACUGCCGCAUUUAUGGAAUACGUUUCCAAAAUAUUCACCUGUCAUUUAUUAAUAUUGUGCUAAA